UUUGUUUCUGCAAAUGUGUCUCGUGACAUGAUUCUGUCAUCUGUGAAAAAUGGAAAAAACUUUGAUAUCACUAAAGCAGUCAAAUGUUGAAGAAAAGCAUCCUGUUUCCAAUUUUGAAGCACACUGGGAUUCUUGUUUUCUAGAUGCUUCUUUUGAGGAGUGGUUGAAAUAUUUGCAAUGGUACAAUGACAAGGCACGUUCAUGGCAUGAAACUUUGCCAAUUGAUUUGGGUUCAUUAUGGCAGCCGGUGGACCUUCUCACACCACCAUUUGUCUUUGAUGUUGCUUUCAAAUGGUGCCAACAGCUUAAGCAACCUAUGGGAGUUUCAUACCGGACCGUUGAAAUCUAUGAGCGAUUCGCCCGGUCAUAUUGCUGUCAAAGCCUCCAUCUAAAAACCACAGUCGUUGGAUCCAUAAACCUAAAGACGUCUUGCAAAAUGCGAUGGCAAGAAUUUUGUAUGGAAAUGAGACAUCAAUCAUUAUUACAUCUGGUAUCUUGCCUUCAGAUUGCCUCCAAACUGGAAAAUGGGUACAAGUUGGUAACAGUUACGGAUGCAGCCAUGCUACUCCGCCAGUCCCAGAGACCUUGUGAUCGUUCGACGAUUGUUAAUUCCGAAAUUCUUGUUCUUGUUACACUUAAAUAUGAUGUUAGCUAUCCACCCAUCAGCGAUUAUGUGGAUACGUUCAUCUGUCAGUUAAUUUUGGUUCUAAAGAGGAAACCAGUAACGGCCAAAUCUGCACAAUUGUUAGCAGCAGUAGAUGAGAUUCACGAAAUAUCUCUGGAAUUUAUACGUGCUAUUUACUUUGAUCAACAGCUGAUUGUGCGAAAAAUAGUGGCAGGCCUACCUACUGAAACCCAAAAAGAAAGAGCCAUGUGCAGCCAUCGGCGAAAUUCUCGCGAUUUCAACCAAGUGCAAUUUGACAAGGUUUUGCUAGCUGCCGGAGCAAUUUCAGCUGCAACAUUUUUAAUACAAGAAAACGCCGCCGCCAAUGUAAUGAAGGAACUCUACACACGAACGGGGGCUCACCCAGCUGACGUGGCAGUAGUUUCUUCCGUUCUGGUCACGCAUUUAGUUCCUGAAACAUGAUAAUUUUUCCAAAAUGAAACUAUGCCCUGCAAAAAAAGAACCAACUCGUCCUUGCUAAUAUCGUACGAUACGAAGAUGAUCAUCGGAUGUUUCCAAAUAUUGAUCCAACAGUCAAAAGUACUUCAACAUAAACUUCCAAAGCACAUUUUAAUUUAACUUCUCAUAAGGAAAUGUACCAUACACCUGUGAAUUUUAAGGAA